UACCCCUCCUCCUCUGUCUCCAAAUGGAGAGUGGUCUUUUUUCUCAUCUAUUGAAUCUCAGAGUUUGCCGUGUUGCGCGGCCCAAGGGAAGACCACAUAGAACACACAGAAUGCUACGACCAUCGAACGUUCCAAGCGGCAGUUUUGUAGAUGGGAAUCGAUGUUUCCACUUUGCCUUUUAAGAUAAAUAACUUUUUUGAAGAGAAACGGUGAAUGUGCGAAGCGGUGGAGACCUCCGGAUCACGAAAUGUUGGGAUGGAAGGUGCAGACUUUGACUCGCCGUCUCCAACAGGAGUAUGAAGUACUUUACGGGUGUGAGAUCACCGAGAGUGAAACUUUGUUGCCUUGGGACAUUACUACACGCUUUCGGGGAAAUAUUAUAACGUGUAAUAGCGCGAAGUCUCCGCAACAUGGCCUCGGCUGCUAAUGCCUCCUCCGAGCAGGAAAACAGGGACCCCGAUCGGCCGAGGAUAACGCGGAGGAACAGGGGGAACUAUCGCACAACAGCGCCGGAUUUGGAGUAUUUGCAGCGACCAAGUUACUGCGAUGCAGCUUUCGCCUUGGAGCAAAUAUCCGAGGGGAAGGCGACUGGAAGAAAAGCACCGCUGUGGCUGAGAGCGAAGUUUCAGAGACUCUUGUUUAAGUUGGGCUGUUACAUACAAAAGAACUGCGGAAAGUUUUUGGUUGUGGGCCUCUUGAUAUUCGGAGCUUUCGCCGUUGGCUUACGGGCGGCGAAUCUGGAAACCGACGUGGAGAAACUCUGGGUAGAAGUGGGCGGCAGGGUGAAUCAGGAGCUGAAGUACACGCGUCAGAAGAUGGGCGAGGAGGCCAUGUUCAGUCCCCAGCUGAUGAUCCAGACGCCGCGGCAGGAGGGCGCCAACGUGCUCACUGUGGAGGCGCUGCAACAGCACCUGGAUUCAGCUAUCAGGGCCAGCCGAGUGCACGUUUACCUCUUUAACAGACAAUGGAAAUUGGAACAUUUAUGCUACAAAUCAGGAGAACUUGUUACCGAAGCUCAUUUUAUGGACCAGAUUAUUGAGAAGCUGCACCCCUGUCUCAUCAUCACGCCCCUGGACUGUUUCUGGGAGGGAGCCAAGCUCCAGUCUGGAAUGUUCUACCUCCCUGGAAAGCCCCCUCUGCAGUGGACCAACUUUGACCCCAAGGAGUUCCUGACGGAGCUGCGGACUCUGAAGUUCCAGGUGGACAGCUGGGAGGAGAUGCUGGAGAAGGCUGACGUGGGACACGGCUACAUGGACCGACCCUGUCUCAACCCCCAAGACCCCGACUGUCCCCUCACGGCUCCCAACAAGAACACCACCAAGCCCUUUGAUGUGGCUCGCGUCCUGACUGGCGGAUGCCAUGGCCUCUCCAGGAAGUACAUGCACUGGCAGGAAGAGCUGAUCGUAGGGGGGACCACCAAGAACGGCACGGGACCACUACUCAGUGCCCAGGCAUUACAGACCAUGUUCCAGCUGAUGACUCCUAAGCAGAUGUUUGAGCACCUGAAGGGUUAUGAAGAGGUGUCCCAUAUCAACUGGAACCAAGACAAGGCUGCAGCCAUACUGGAGGCCUGGCAGAGGAAAUACUCAGAGGCAGUACAGCAGAGUGUAGCCGUCAACUCGUCUCAGAAGGUGUUGUCGUUUACCACCACCACUCUGGAAGACAUCCUCAAGUCUUUCUCUGAUGUCAGCGUCAUACGAGUGGCCAGCGGCUACCUGCUGAUGUUGGCCUAUGCGUGUCUGACCAUGCUACGUUGGGACUGUGCUAAGUCUCAGGGAGCUGUAGGACUGGCCGGUGUCCUGUUGGUGGCGCUGUCUGUGGCUGCAGGCCUGGGGCUCUGCUCUCUGUUGGGCAUAUCCUUCAACGCUGCCACCACACAGGUGCUACCAUUCCUGGCACUGGGUGUGGGUGUGGAUGAUGUGUUUCUCCUGGCCCACGCGUUCAGUGAGACGGGACAGAACAAGAAGAUCCCCUUUGAGGACCGUACGGGGGAGUGUUUGAAGAGGACAGGAGCAAGUGUAGCUCUCACCUCCAUCAGUAACGUCACUGCCUUUUUCAUGGCAGCCCUCAUCCCAAUACCUGCCCUACGAGCCUUCUCUCUGCAGGCUGCGGUGGUGGUGGUGUUUAACUUUGCCAUGGUACUGCUCAUCUUCCCUGCCAUCCUCAGUAUGGACCUGUAUCGCAGAGAAGACCGGCGCUUUGACAUCUUCUGCUGCUUCUACAGCCCAUGUGCUAACAGGGUGAUCCAGAUCGAGCCCCAGGCUUACCUGGAUGGAGCAGACGGCAGUCACUACAGCCCCCCUCCUACCACCUUCCGCACCCCCCCUCCCUCCUACAGCAGCCAUGGUUUCUCCCAGCAGACUCAGAUCACCAUGCAGUCUACUGUCCAGCUGAGGACAGAGUACGACCCCAGGACUCAGGCCUUCUACACUACGGCCGAACCCAGGUCCCAGAUCUCCGUACAACCGUUUACACCCGCAGCCACCUGCCCCGCCAACAACCCCAACGCCAGUCACGGUGUUCAUGGCAACAACACCCACCAUAGCAACCAUCACAGCCGGAGUGGGAGUAGCAGUAGUCACGGCAACCUGAACAACAACAACGGUGGGCGUGGUUCCGGCUCAGUCCCGUUCCCUCCUCCCCCGUCCUCCUCUGGCGUUCCCCCUGUCUCCCCCCAGGCGGGGGAGGGGGUGUGUGUGUCAGGGGAGAGUGCCAGCUCCACCAGGGAUCUGCUGUCCCAGUUUGGAGAGGCCUCUCUGGGGCUGCGCUGUCUGGAGCCCCCCUGCUCCCGAUGGACCCUGGCCUCCUUCGCAGAGAAACACUACGCCCCCUUCCUACUGCAGCCCACCACCAAGGUGGUGGUCAUCCUGCUGUUCCUGGUCCUGCUGGGGGUCAGUCUGUACGGGACCACACGGGUACGGGACGGGCUGGAGCUGACCGACAUCGUUCCCAGGGAGACCAGCGAGUACGACUUCAUCGGGGCCCAGUUCAAGUUCUUCUCCUUCUACAACAUGUACGUGGUGACCCAGCGGGCGGAGUACUCCCAGGCCCAGCCCCUGCUCUACCAGCUGCACUGUCGCUUCAACACGAUCCACUACGUACUGAGGGAGGACAACGGCCAGCUGCCACUCAUGUGGCUCCACUACUUCAGGGACUGGCUGCAAGGUCUGCAGGCAGCGUUUGAUCAGGACUGGGAGGCGGGUCGGAUCACACAGAGCAGCUACAGGAAUGGUUCAGACGACGGGGUCCUGGCCUACAAACUACUGGUACAGACCGGACGCAGGGACAAGCCCAUCAACUUCAACCAGCUGACGAGGCAGCGCUUGGUGGAUGCGGAUGGCAUCAUCAACCCGGGGGCGUUUUACAUCUACCUGACGGCGUGGGUCAGCAACGACCCGGUGGCGUACGCAGCCUCGCAGGCCAACAUACGGCCACACCCCCCGGAGUGGCUCCACGACCGCACAGACUCCAUGCCCGAGACACGCCUCAGCAUUCCUGCCGCCGAGCCCAUCGAAUACGCACAGUUUCCCUUCUACCUCAACGGGCUCCGCGAGACCCCCCAGUUUGUGGAGGCCAUCGAGUCGGUGCGGGCCAUCUGCAGUAACUACAGCCGCCAGGGCCUGCCCAGCUACCCCAACGGCUACCCCUUCCUCUUCUGGGAGCAGUACAUAGGCCUCAGACACUGGCUGCUGCUCUCCAUCAGCGUGGUGCUAGCCUGCACCUUCCUCGUCUGUGCCCUCUUCCUGCUCAACCCCUGGACCGCCGGUAUCAUCGUCCUGGUCCUCUCUCUGAUGACCGUGGAGCUGUUUGGUAUGAUGGGGCUGAUAGGGAUCAAGCUCAGUGCUGUUCCUGUGGUCAUCCUCAUCGCCUCUGUGGGCAUCGGAGUAGAGUUUACUGUCCAUGUGGCUCUGGCAUUCCUCACAGCGAUAGGGGACCGUAACAGGCGGGCAGUGCUGGCGUUAGAACACAUGUUUGCUCCGGUUUUGGACGGAGCCUUCUCUACUCUACUAGGAGUCCUCAUGCUAGCAGGCUCCGAGUUUGACUUCAUCGUCAGGUAUUUCUUUGCUGUGCUGGCCAUCCUGACAGUUCUGGGGGUGCUGAAUGGUUUGGUCCUUCUUCCUGUGUUGCUGUCCUACUUCGGCCCCUAUCCAGAGGUGACCCCUGUGGAUGGGCAUAGCCAGUUACCCACCCCUUCCCCGGAGCCUCCUGCUCACGUGGUCCGCUUCUCAGUCCGCCCACGCCACACCACCUCCGGCACGGGGACAGGAACGGGCUCUGACUCGUCCGACUCUGAGUACAGCUCCAACACCACGGUAUCAGGCAUCAGCCAGGAGAUGCAGCAGUACGACCUCCCUGCCACUAGGGGCAGAGCUGGGAGAACAGAGGACAUGCAGUACGGCAUCCAGACCAGCAGGGGCAGAGCUGUUAGAACAGAGGAGGUGCGACUAGGAGCAGGGCCAAGAAGGACAGCUAGACAAGGAGACGGAACAGCCUACUCUGUGUCUUCUUCGGUCCUGCCGGAGUCAGGGGCUCACCCUGGUGCAUCCCGUCGCUUCAGCAAAAGGGACCUACAGUCGCUGCCCCCAGCACGCCCGCGCAUGGACGCUUUUGAAACUGCUACUGAGGCCGGAGGCCAUUACAGCUCCGGAGGCCAUUUUGGCUCGGGCGGCCACAGAGAACGCUCCGCGGGGCACAGGACCCGUCCAUCCCACAACCCCCGGCCCAAUCACCACCAACCUCACCACCCUAACCCUAACCCCGCCCCGACUUACUGUCAGCCAAUCACCACGGUAACGGCCUCUGCGUCGGUUACCGUCGCCGUCCACUCUGCCCCUCCCCCCACCCAGAGCCCCACUUCCUCUUACCCAGGACACACUGCAGCAAACAGUUACCACACAGCAGGCGGCGCAGAGCCGGUGCCUGCCUUCCAGGACCCCCAUGUGCCAGUGGAGGUCCAUAUCAGCCGCAGAGGAACCAAGAUGGAGGCCAUGGAGCUCCAGGAUGUGGAGUGUGAGGCAGCUGAGAGCGACAGUGGCAAGAGGGCAAGCUGAGUGGAGGAGAGCAGAAGUACAAUGGCCAAAGAUGGACUCCCUCUCUCACUCAGCGGCCCACAGCGCAGCGACACACAGGACCCAGUGGUGGCUAGCGCCCUUGGUGCUCAAUCUGACUGGAACCCAGUGGAUGUUUGUUUCAGAUAUCUCUAUCCAUAUUUAAAAGAUGUACACUCAUGUAAAUAUGAAAACAAAAAUAGCUAUAAUUUAGGAGCUGUUCAACUCCUUUUUUAACAGACUGGGGACGUCAUUUUGUGUGACGUGUGUGUAUGUGUGUGUGUGUGUGUGUGUGUGUGUGUGUGCGUGUGUGUGUGUGUGUGUGUGUGCGCGUGUGUGUGUGUGUGCGUGUGCGCGUGUGUGUGUGUGUGUGUGUGAAAUCUCUGAUUACUGUUCACUCAUCUGUGGAUCUGUGCCAUGAGGAAAAUUCAUCUGGACAAUACAUUUCAGCAUUCAUUGUUGCUGCUUAAGAUAUUUCGGUAGUGAUGUAUGAUAACUGUGGACUUGAACUUGUAUAAUAAUUCUAUGCAAAUGUUUCUUUUACGUUAUAAAAGAGGUGAGCGAGUGUGCAAAGGUGAUUGCGUGUUUGCGUGCGUGGCUAAAUCAUCAGAUCCAUCUCUCAAGAAAUAGGCUAACGAUCACGUCAUGUGAAGCGUUACACAAUAACUACACAGAGAUUGUGUGUGUACGUGUGUGUGUGUGUGUGUGUGUGUGUGUGUGUGUGUGUGUGUGUGUGUGUGUGUGUGUGUGUGUGUGUGUGUGUGUGUGUGUGUGUGUGUGUGUGUGUGUGUGUGUGUGUGUGUUUGUGUAUAAGGUCCGUUGUUUUUUUUUUUUUUACGAUUAAUUUGCUUAUCACAAACCUGUGGUACUUAUGAAACAAUUACUGUUGAACUCUGACUCACGCUAUGCGUGCUAUUUAAGACGAGCAGAUUAUGAAGAAGAUAUGCAGCUGUGUUGUUUGUGACUGUCCCUGCGUAGUAGCUUCCGCAUCGUCUCUGCUCUGAGCUCGUGUGUUGCUGUCUGGUUGUCUGGGGAUUGUUUUACUGUAAAAGGCCAUGCGUGCCUUGGCUGUCCCUCGGACUCAAUUGCCCAUCUCCCCUUUUCUCUGGUGAUGUCAUAGCUCUCGGCAGCCAUCUUGUAGUAGCAUGAGUGGGCGUGAAAGUAUCACUCCCGUAGCUAAUGCAUAUUACAGUUGGAGUAGAAAAUCCGUGGUAGCCAUUAUGGAGGAUAUUUCUUUCCUUCUUUUUUUCUCGUGAACGUAACUUCUGUUAUUCUAACUGUAAAUAUACAGUUUUCGUCAACAGUUUGGACACACCUCCUCAUUCAAGGAUUUUCUUUAUUUGUACUAUUUUCUACAUUUGAGAUAAAUAGGGAUACAUCCAAACGGUGAAAUAACACAUAUGGAAUCACGUAGUAACUCAAUAAGGGUUAAACAAAUCCAAAUAUAUUUUAUAUUUGAGAUUCUUCAAAGUAGCCACCCUUUGCCCUGAUGACAGCUUUUCACACUCUUGGAAUUCUCUCAACCAGCUUCACCUGGAAUACUUUUCUAACAGUCUUGAAGGAGUUCCUACAUAUACUCAGCACUUGUGGGCUGCUUUUCCUUCACUCUGUGGUCCACGUCAUCCCAAACCAUUUCAAUUGGGUUUAGGUUGGGUGAUUGUGGAGGGCAGGUCAUCUGAUGCAGCACUCCAUCACUCUCCUUGGUCAAAAAGCCCUUACACAGCCUGGAGGUGUGUCGGGUCAUUGUCCUGUUGAAAAGAAAAAUGAUAGUCCCACUAAGCACAAACCAGAUGGGAUGGCGUAGUGCUGCAGAAUGCUGUGGUAGCCGUGCUGGCUGGUUAAGUGUGCCUUGAAUUCUAAAUGAAUCACUGACAGUGUCACCAGCAAAGCACCCCACACACCAUCACACCUCCUCCUCCAUGCUUCAUGGUGGGAACCACAUGUGGAUAUAAUCUGUUCACAUACUCUGCGUCUCACAAAGACAGAGCGGUUAGAACCAAAAAUGUCCAAUUUGAACUCAUCAGACCAAAGGACAGAUUACCAACGGUCUAAUGUCCAUUGCUCAUAUUUCUUGGCCCAAGCCAGUCUCUUCUUUUUAUUGGUGUCCUUUAAUAGAGGUUUCUUUGCAGCAAUUUGACCAUGACGGCCUGAUUCACACAGUCUCCUCUGAACAGUUGAUGUUGAUAUUUGUCUGUUACUUGAACUCUGUGAAGCAUUUAUUUAGGCUGCAAUUUCUGAGGCUGGUAACUUUAACUUAUUAACUUAUUCUCUGCAGCAGAGGUAACUCUGGGUCUUCCUUUCCUGGUUUUUGCGACUGCACUUUAAGAAACUUUCAAAGGUCUUGAAAUUUUACGAAUUGACUGACCGUCAUGUCUUUAAGUAGUGAUGGACUUUUGUUUCUCUUUGUUUAUUGGAGCUGUUCUUCCCGUAAUAUGGACUUGGUCUUUUACCAGAUAGGUCUAUCUUCUGUUUACCACCCCAUACCUUGUCACAACACAACUGAUUGGCUCAAACGCAUUAAGAAGGAAAGAAAUUCCACAAAUUAACUUUUAAUAAGGCACACCUGUUAAUUGAAAUGCAAAGGGUGGCUACUUUGAAGAAUCAAAGAUAUAAAAUACAUUCAGAUUUGUUUAACACUUUUUUGGUUACUACAUGAUUCCAUAUGUGUUAAUUUCAUAGUUAGUUUUGAUGUCUUUCUACAAUGUAGAAAACAGUCAAAAUGAAGAAAAACAUUUGAACGAUUAGGUGUUUCCAAACUUUUGACUGAUACUGUAGAUACUUUCUCUAGUGAUAAGCUACACCUAGGAUACUACCCUACUCAGCCUGACACAUGACUGCAUUACACGUUUCAUUCACAAGAAAGUCUUGCUCUCUCUCCAUCCCCCUCUUUCUUCCUCUUCGUCCAAUAAGCUGCCCGUCCAGAGAGCUAAAGGGUUAAGCACUAUCUGGUCUAACAAUACUUGGUGUGUGUGUGUGUGUGUGUGUCUGUGUGUCUGUCUUCCUCUCUCUCUGUCCUCCUCAGUGACAGCAAAGACAACUGGCCCUAAUUUAGCCCAGCCGUCCCUACUGACCUCACCUCGUAAAAAUCCAAAACAUAACGCCAUGACACUAAUUGGAAGUUCCCCUUCAACCGCCAAAUGGCACAGGCCAGAGCCUCAGGGGUCAGGGUUCACCAAGCCACCCCCUCACGAUCAGCCCGGUGUGUGAGUGUGUCAAUCGCGUCUUGUCUAGCUCCCCCAUACACCACCCACCCUCCCACUCACACACAUAUCCCGACC